GUAUAUACACACACACAUGUGUGCGUGUGUGUCAAAUCGUGUUUUUCAUUUAUCGGGUAAAAACAACGGCCAAAAAACAUGAAAAUUGUAUUCAGCAUUCGUGGACAGAAAUAGCGCCACCCACCCAACAGAGAGCAGAAAAAGUUUUGAAACUGAAUUUGCCUUACAGCGUAUUUGGGGUCGAUUGGCUUAAUUAUGGAUGAGCAAUCACCUGGGCGGGGAUUGCACACGAUGAGAAUUUCAUUUCAAAUAUCUAGUUUCUAUUGCAGUUCGCUGUCAUGGAAAAAUCGUGUCGCCCCAAACGCAAUCGUCGGCACAGCAGACGCGCCUGGCCACCAGAGGAUGAUCUGCAUCUGACUCGAGCUACGAAGCGCCUGUUUACGCCCGACAUAAAACGAAUGCUGAAGGAUUGGCUUAUACGACGACGCGAGAACCCGUAUCCCAGCAGAGAGGAGAAGAAGCAGCUGGCCGGAGAGACGGGCUUGACGUAUACACAGAUCUGCAAUUGGUUUGCCAAUUGGCGGCGCAAGUUAAAAAACUCGGAGCGAGAGAAGGCCAAGAAGUCUUGGGGCCAUCUGAUCAAGAAUUACAAUCACAACGCACGAGGCAAUGUGGAACAGUUUAGCAUCUCGUCCGAGGACAGCAUUUGGGAGGAGGACAUGCGCGUGUGCGCAGCCGAAGAUGAUGAGAAUGGUGAAGAUGACGAUGAGCUGUCCAGUCGCAGCACGGCCAGUGAUGGCAUUGACAACAAUGCCUCCACCUGCUCGGCGCCAUAUAAGCCCAAUUUUUAUGUGGAAUCCGAGCUGCUGCCGAACCAGGCGCAAGGUGAACGCGUGCCCAUGUUGCCCACUGUGCCGGCUGGCAAGGCCAAGUACAAGCAGCAGAUGAUGGAGAAGUAUCUGCGCGAUAGCAAUGUACUGGAUGCCAGCAUGCCGGCGAACACAAGCGACAACAAUGGCACCCAGUUGAACAAGUGGCUGGAGAGCGCCGCCAGAUUCACGCCGGAUAGGCACAACUAUCACAUUGAGUGGAAUAUGAGCAGGCACAAAUGCGCCAAUCAGGAGCGGCCCGUGCAGAGCGAGGUGCUGUUCACCAGCGAUGCCACCGCUGCGGCACGUGGCGAGCGUUGGCUGCUCCACCACAAGGACGAGCUGGAUGCUGCCGAAGCGCUGGCGAAUUUAGCCUUUAACUGCAGGCAGCGCUGGCAUCACAUGGCAACCACAAUUACCUCCUAGACGGGACGCCACUGACGCCAUCAUUCCAGGCCGUUGGAAGAGUGCAAUCUAGUUUUAAGCUGUAAUCUAUAGUAUGAAAGACAAAUGACAAUUAUUUUGU